AACAACCCUACUUUCUCUCUCUACACACACAUCGUAUUCUCUCUCUAACAUCCAUCGAUUCUUUCUUCCCUCUUUGAUACCCCAAGGAAUUCCUCUUCUUUACCGCUUGUCAUAGCUAGGCCACCCCCCAGAAGGGGAAGAAGAGAGAAAAACAAGGAAAGAAAAGAAAACCCAUCACUCUCUUUUUUCUCUCCCUCCCUCCCUAUCUCUCUCUUCUCUCCUUUCUCAGAGAGUCUCAUCCCCUAGAGAGAAAUGGGGAACUGUUGUUCACGAGGCAGCGAAGGAGAUGCCUCCAAUGAAGAAAAGGGAGAAGGCACACAACAACAGGGUGGUAGCAGCGCCGGAGGAGACGGAUCCAAAAUUGCACCACCAUCCCCCGGCCCGCCCCAGGCCUCCCCGAAGCCAUCCAAGAACGCCCCCAUCGGACCCGUCCUGGGCCGACCCAUGGAAGACGUGAAGUCCACGUACUCCAUCGGGAAAGAGCUAGGUCGAGGCCAGUUUGGUGUCACCCACCUGUGCACCCACAAGUCCACGGGCGAGCAGUUCGCGUGCAAGACCAUCGCGAAGCGAAAAUUGGUGAACAAGGAGGAUCUGGAGGACGUGCGGAGGGAGGUCCAGAUCAUGCACCACCUUACGGGCCAGCCCAACAUCGUCGAGCUCAAGGGGGCCUUCGAGGACAAGCACUCGGUCCACCUCGUCAUGGAGUUGUGCGCUGGCGGUGAGCUGUUCGACCGGAUCAUCGCAAAAGGUCAUUACACGGAGCGAGCCGCGGCUUCGCUGCUAAGGACCAUUGUUCAGAUCGUGCACACGUGUCACUCGAUGGGGGUGAUUCAUAGGGAUCUUAAGCCCGAGAAUUUCCUCCUGCUUAGUAAGGAUGAGAGCGCUCCGCUUAAGGCCACCGAUUUUGGGCUAUCUGUGUUUUACAAGCCAGGGGAGCAGUUCAAGGACAUUGUUGGAAGUGCGUAUUACAUAGCUCCAGAAGUGUUGAAGAGGAAGUAUGGGCCAGAAGCUGAUAUAUGGAGCAUUGGGGUUAUGUUGUACAUUCUUCUAUGUGGUGUUCCUCCUUUCUGGGCAGGUAAAUCUAUUUUAAUUGUAGAAUCCGAGCAUGGAAUAUUCAACGCGAUUUUACGUGGUCACAUCGAUUUCACGAGCGAUCCAUGGCCGUCGAUCUCGCCACCGGCCAAGGACCUUGUUCGAAAGAUGCUCAACUCGGAUCCGAAACAAAGGCUCACAGCUUCUCAAGUCCUAAUGCAUCCAUGGAUCCAAGAGGAUGGAGAAGCACCCGACAUUCCUCUUGACAAUGCUGUGUUGGGCAGACUCAAGCAGUUCAAAGCCAUGAACAAAUUCAAGAAAGUUGCUCUUAGGGUUAUCGCUGGGUGCUUAUCGGAGGAAGAAAUCAUGGGACUCAAGGAGAUGUUUAAGGGCAUGGACACUGACAAUAGUGGCACAAUAACCCUCGAGGAACUCAAACAAGGGCUGGCAAAGCAAGGAACCAAGCUUUCUGAAGUUGAGGUCAAACAAUUAAUGGAAGCAGCUGAUGCAGAUGGGAAUGGAACCAUUGACUACGAUGAGUUCAUCACAGCCACAAUGCACAUGAACAGGAUGGAUAGAGAAGAACAUCUCUACACUGCUUUCCAACAUUUCGACAAAGACAACAGCGGGUACAUCACUACUGAAGAGCUUCAGCAAGCUCUCAUCGAAUUCGGUAUCAAUGACGACAAAGAGCUCAAGGACAUCCUCUCUGAGGUUGACAAUGAUAAUGACGGCCGGAUCAACUAUGAGGAGUUUGUGACGAUGAUGAGAAAAGGGAACCCAGAAGCUAAUCCAAAAAAGAGGCGUGACACGGUGUUUGUUUGAUCGAUGAUUUUCAUUAUGUCAACGGUAGUUAAUGGUCAAGAAGUGACUUGGGAUGAGCGUAACCUAAUGACCGAUCAUCUUUUGGAUCAAACUAGUUUGUGCAAAGGAAAUUAAUUUGUUGGUGAUAAGAGAAAAUUAAACCCCAAAAAAAUGUGGCUUGGCAACAAAUGAAGGAUUAUACCUCUGGCCAUAUGUGUGUAUUACUACUUCAGUCUGUGUGUGGUGUGCAAGGAGAGGGAUAGGGAGGGAAAAGGUUGUUAUUAAUGUAUAAUAAUUUUAUAUAUAUCUUUGUAAGGAGACAGAGAUUGGUGAUGUGUUUUUUAGUGGUGGUCUUGAGGCUUUGACUAAAAGUUUGAUGGGUUUUCUAAGAAGAGAUUUUGUCUUCUUAUCUUUGUUGUUUUUCUUUCGUGAAUUUUAUAAAUACUAUAAGGAUAAAAAUCAUUACGAAAUUCGAACUAUAAAAAAAGUAUCACUUGUCAAAAACUACUCAAUA